GGUUCCGGCAGGCAGGGCGUGGUGGUGCGCGUCAGCGCCGCUGGAGACGGACGUGGGUCAACCCCCCCGUGUCCGUGCCCGAGAACCAGCGUGGCCCCUUCCCCAAGCUGCUGCUGCAGGUGAAGUCCAACGCUGUGGGCGUGGACGUGCGCUACGCCUUGGCGGGGGAGGGCGCUGACCGACAACCCACGGGGCUGUUCGUCGUCGACGCCGCCACGGGGAGAGUGUCAGUCACCGCGAGCCUGGACCGCGAGGUGAUCGCUCAGUAUCGCCUGCGCUGCUUCGCCGUCGACCCGACUGGAGGUUUUGUGGAGGAUCCCGUUGACAUCGUCAUUGACGUCAUCGACGUCAACGACAACCGCCCCAAGUUCACCAGAGACGUCUUCCACGGCAGCCUCACGGAAGGAUCGCCACGAGGCACCUUCGUGAUGAGGGUGGAGGCGAGUGACCUGGACGACCCCUUGACGCCCCACGGAGCUCUCCGCUACGACAUCAGAGUGGCGCGCUUCUCGCUGGUGGUGAUGGCUUCGGACAUGGAGGGAGACGCCAGAAUCAGUCUCUCAACCACGGCCACCGCCAUCAUCACCAUCACCGACAUCAAUGACCACGCCCCCGAGUUCACGAGCAGAACCUGGACGGGCACGGUGCGUGAGAACGCCGUGGGGGUGCCGGUGACGAUGGCGCUUCUCUCGGUGAUCGACGCGGACGAGGUCGGCACGGCGGCGUGGCGAGUCCGCUACUCACUCCGCGGGGGAGACCCCCAGGACCUGUUCGCCGUGGAGACCGACCCCGCUACCAACGAUGGCAGGAUCGUCGUUGUCAAGCCCUUAGACUUUGAGAUGGCGUCGUCGUACAAACUCAUCGUCGUCGUGGACAACGAGGAGCCGCUCGUGAAAUCCGCGUGGACCCCUCCCCAGAGUACCGCCACCGUCACGGUGAGUGUUGAGGAUGAGAACGAGGCUCCGCUGUUUGAGCGCGGGCUGCAGCAGGUGCGGCUGUCCGAGGGCGUCGCUCUGGGCAGCGUCGUCACCACGCUGGUGGCACGGGACCCGGACUCCGCACAGAAGCAGAGCUGCGGGUUACCAGAGGCGGAGGACGCCGCUGCAGUCGGGGAGCCCGAGACGGCUGAAGAUGGCAUCGAGCAGCCGGGGCCGGAUGCAUCCACACCGCAGCAGCCGGAGGAUGGGGAGCCGUCGACAGAGGGGCUGAGGCAGGCGCACGCGAAGCUGGCGGAGCUGCUGUACGCCGCUGCCACCAUGCUGGACCACAUCACACAGCUGGGGGCUGCUGGACCGCUACGGGGCGACGACAGCCGACGACCACAGCGCCUUCCGCCAUUUCGACGGAGCACCACUUUGAAAUUCCCGCCAUCGCCGCAGCUGCUGCUGAGGGUGUGGCUGGCCUGA